CUUUCACCGUCAUUUGGGAGAAGAACUUAGAAAAGGAUGAAGUAUCUAGCGUCGAUUUUGGCAGUAGUUCUGCUCCAAACAAUCGGAUCCGUCCGAGCAGACGUGGAUGUCGCGGUUCCCGAUUCACUGGUCAAUCGGCUUCAGGAGUUACAAUUCAGUCUGAACCGUCAGCUGCUGGAAAACAGUGAACAAGUCGAAGCAAUAGCAGCCGAAUUGCAGCAACUGAAAAAUGCGGUGGAUCAUCUUGUUUGGCUGUCGGAACGAAUGGAUCGCUCGGUUCAAACGGUUGCCGCCGACAACAGUCUGCUUGCACGGAACGUUUCAAUAUUAACUGAUCAGAAUGAACAAAUUGUACAAAACCAACAGUACUGCGCCAACCAUGAAGCGUUGAAGAACCUUUUCUUCGAGCUUAAACCAAAAUGUGCCCCAUCUGAGGAGGAAUUUCCAAACCUGUUCCCAGGAGGAGGCGAAUUUCAAUCGUGCCGGGAAGCUCCAAAUCGGUCAGGGGUGUACAAAUUUAAACUACACUAUAGUGCUACGGCCAGUCCGGGAACUAGUACCACCGCCUCGACCACCACGAGUUGGGUUGACCGUCCAAGCUCUCCGUUCAGUGCCUUCUGUGAGCAACGACAGUUCGGUGGCGGUUGGAUGGUUUUCCAAAAACGGCAGGAUGGUUCGGUGGACUUCAAUAGGACCUUUAAUGAGUACCGUGAUGGAUUCGGAAACCCUCGUGGUGAACACUGGCUUGGUGUGGAAAAACUGUAUCAGAUAACGGCUGGAAAAACCUGUGAACUGCUGAUUCUGAUGGAAGAUUUUGAAGGCCGUUCGGCACAUCAGCUAUAUCAGAAUUUCCGGGUUUCGAAUGAACAAACUGGUUACAAACUUACGCUAGGUAACUCGAAUGGUACCGCUGGGAAUGCGCUUUCGAUUUACGGCAAUGAAGUGUUUGUGACCUACGACACGAACAAGUCGUACAGUUCUUGUGCACGCCAGUUCGGUAGUGGCUUUUGGCAUUGGGGAUGCGGUGUUGGUGAUAAUAGAAACAACCUGAACGGCAUUUACGGAAGGAAUGAAAAAACACCCGAAGGGGUUUGGUGGGGCAGCUUCCAUAACGGCACGUCCAUUAAAAUGCUAAAACGUGUGCAAAUGAUGGUGAGACCCCUGGAGUGAGCAGCUAUAACCUAAUAUCGGACGGCUUAUCGGAAACAGUGUUCUAAGGAUUAUCACAUGUAAAUAUAUACUUAUUCAGCUUGCAUUCAAAAA